UACAACUAUACUAUAUACAUGUACAUCACGCAUCGCAGACGUUUGUCAUUUGUCCCGUCUGACUUGACGAUUUUCUACAAAUCUGGAUUGAAAAAAAAGAUUCGGCAGGAGUUUAUUUAGCUUAAGGGACAAAAUGACUUCUCUAGUUUCUUCAACAUCAGUUGAAUUGAGUUCUUACCGAGAUCAACAUUUCAAGGGUUCGCGUGCCGAACAAGAUAGGCUACUUCGGAAUUCAACCACCCUUUACGUCGGAAAUCUAUCUUUCUUCACUACCGAAGAACAGAUCUACGAAUUAUUUUCAAAAUGUGGUGAUAUCAAGAGAAUUGUUAUGGGUUUGGACAAAUACAAAAAAACACCAUGUGGGUUUUGUUUUCUCGAGUAUUAUUUGAGAGCUGAUGCUGAAAAUUGUAUGAGGUAUGUUAAUGGUACGAGGCUCGAUGACAGAAUAAUUCGAACUGAUUGGGAUGCUGGAUUUGUAGAGGGCAGACAGUAUGGACGUGGAAAAACUGGGGGUCAAGUUCGUGAUGAAUAUCGAUCUGAUUUCGAUGGUGGUCGAGGUGGUUAUGGAAAAAUCCUCCAACAAAAAGUAACUCCAAUGGGUGAAGGAGGUUUUACACGAUAAUAUAACACUAGAAUUUUGAUACAUGCUUCAUCCGUAAAAAGAGAGAUGAGAUUCAUACUAUUCAUGUUUAUAUUGUACAUUUUUAAUUCGUAAGUUCAUUUAGUUCACUAUUCACGAUUUUUUUCAUAUAUUCAGUGUUCGUUGGACAGUGAAAUUGAUAUUCAGAUAUACCUAAUUAUCUGUUCUUCUGAAAAUUGUAAUUAAUCGUUCAAUAUUACAUGGACGCUAUGUAGAAUAAAGUAUAGACAGAGGCGAUAUAGUUUCAUCUACAA